GACAGAAAUAUGGAGAUGAGAUCUCAUCACACCCAGGAAGUGAUCUCCCAAAAAUGAGAAGAAGAAGAAGACGACGGAGAAGAAGAGUCAUCAACAUCUUCAUCAUCAUCAUCGCCGCCUCCACCAGCAGGUAGACUCUCCAUCCAUCCAUCCAUCCAUCCAUGACUGCAGGUCUGCUAUGGAUUAUAUAUGACUUGGAGAGGAAAUGGUAUUGAUCAAAGUUCUUCUGGUUGUCAUUGUGUACCAAGCCAAGCCCUAGAGGCCGCCUAUUAUUAUUUAUUUUUUUCGGUGCUACUUGUGAUUCCUGAAUGCUCCCGAUUUUGUUCUUUUGCACUCAUCCAAAAGGGAAAUAUUUGCCUGCUUUGUUUUAAAACUGGCAGUGAAGAUGCCAAUUCAGUCCCUUUCUGAUUUUGAAGAUGGUCCUGACAGCAUAGGCAGCUCUGUUUGUUCCCAGAUGGAAAGCUCUCGUUCUUCCCGGGCCAUGAAGCGUAGGAACCUCCUCUCCCAAAGAACCCUCCAAGAGAGCUUUUUGCUUCCGGCGGAGGGAGACGUCAACUUCGACUGCAUGUUUUGCACCGAGUCCUACAGACAUCACGAAGAUCUGGGGAAACACGUGUUGACCAAACAUCGUCCGACACUGUGUGAGCCCACGGUUCUCCGCAUCGAGGCGGAGUUCCUCAGUCCUCAGGACAAACUUAGAAGAAGCUCAGAGUCUUCGGUAGAGGAGGUUAGAGAUGAGAACGAAGGCUCGGACUGUAAAGUAUGCGGUCAAACGUUCGUUGAGUCCUCCGACCUGGAGAUCCACAUGAAAAAGCACAAAGACUCCUUCACCUAUUCUUGCAAUAUUUGCGGGAGAAGAUUCAAAGAGCCAUGGUUUCUUAAGAAUCACAAAAAGACCCAUUCUAGCCGAACGGGAGGAAAAACCAAACCUCAGCCACCAGUUUUUGAGCCUCCGGUGACCAUCAAUGAGAUCGAACAAGAGCAGAUCCCCAAAAGCCUUACCUCGUCUUAUAAACUUUGCAUGGUCUGUGGGUUUUACUUCCCCGACAAGGAGACCUUGAUGGACCACAGUAAAAUGCACAUGAAGGGCUCAAAGCUGACUGGCAAGCCAACAAAUUCUGAAUCCCCUAAGGAAAAUGUGAAGGGUAACAAUGGAGUACAAAACACCAAGGAGGGCUUUAUGAGCUUCUUGAACCUAAAGCCUGCUUCUGCACCGGUCAAAAAACCCGAAACCGCUCGCAAAUGGAUUGGGGAACUGGACCCGUUCAAUACCUACCAGGCCUGGCAACUGGCGACCAAAGGCAAAGUUGCCCUAGGCCACGGUCAAGUGAAGGAACCUUUCUUUGAGGUCCAUAUGGACACGGACUCAUCGUCUGACAAAGACGAGAUUGCAGAGUUUUGGAAUACUGUAAAAAUUAUGCAGCCUGCUCCUGCGGAAGAGCCGCAGAACUUUAAGCAUGAAGAUGCCAAGGAGGGUCCUGAAAUGCAGAUUUCGUGUGACCUGAAAAUUGAUGUGGUGGAGAUUCCUGCCACUGAGGUCGAAAACAAAACUUCUGACAUCCAGGACAAGUCAACCCUCUGCAUUAACUGUGGAAAAUCGUUUAAAACCUACCACCAGCUCAUCUUACAUUCCCGCGUCCACAGGAAGGACAGGAGCGACUCGGAGUCCUCUGCCAGUUAUGAUGGGCUCUUGGCUAGGGACUCUCCCGAUCCUUCCAUUGACCUGGAUGAUAUUGAGGGGAUCAAAAUGGAAGAUGUGUCCGAAUGGGAAGAAGGCGGUGGUGAUUCUGCAACUAAUGAUAAAAAUGAAGACGAUCAAGCAGCUGGCCAGAAUAAAGGCCUUCCAACCUCCAGACAAUGUGCCUACUGCAGAAAGUCUUUUCGUUCCAACUAUUACCUCAAUAUACAUCUCAGGACCCACACAGGUGAAAAACCGUACAAAUGUGAAUUUUGUGACUAUGCUGCUGCCCAGAAGACCUCCUUGAGGUAUCACCUGGAGAGACACCACAAGUUCAAACCCGGAGAGUCCAACGCUCGAGUGAAGAGCAUCAGUAAGAGCUUACAGCUGCUUAAAAGGCUGCCUGAACCGCCUCUUGCUGCUGUCCAACCCCAGGAAACCCAUCCAUCCCAGCUACCAACAAAUGAUCACAAAGAGGAUCCGCUGAUGGCCAAACCACCAAAACGCUUGUCCGCUCUGCGCAACAAACUUGUAAGUGCGAACCAGUGCCUAAAAAAUGAAAUGGCCCUUGAGAAGAGUGAAGGAGCAAAGGCAAAGCUAGAGGAAACCAGGGCAGCUACUCCUUGCCAACCUCCAAAAACUCCAACCCCGCCUGCAAAUGGAGACGUAGAGAUGUUCUUGACCUGUGCAGAAACCCUGGAUGAUGAACCUUGUUUAAUAGAGGAGAAACUCUCAACAGAACAACAUAGAGACCAAAAUGAAAUUCUUGGCCUGGACCCUGUUUUAGAGGCUGAUCCAGCUCCCCUGGACUUGUGUAUAAGGCCUACCAAGAACUUGUCAGCAAAGUUAUACAACCGUGCCUUACUGUCCAUGCGUACCUGCCCUUAUUGCACCUUUAAAACCUUAUACCCGGAGGUGUUGUCCAUACACCAAAGGCUCACCCACAAACAGAACUAUGAACCUGCCCAUAAAGUCAGGGGGAAAAACCCAGCUCUCGUGUUGAAAAUGAGACGCACCGGUUGUCCUCCAGCAUUACAGGGCGUGGACGUGUCCCCAUUACAGAUGGAGAGACCCAGGCUAAAGGGUCGCCCAACGCCACAGCCAAAGGUGACCGAGAAACCGAAACGGGCAUUGGCCCAGGCAAACAAAGUUGUUAAUCCACCACCAAGUGUAGAACAGGAGAAUAAACCUGUUGCAUCAUCCUGUUCAACCUCAUCAAACUAUCAUCCUGUUCAACAAAAUGGCCAACAACCCAGAAAUGUCAGAUACAUGCAGCCGGACCUGCAAGGCAUCACGCACCUUCUGGAGAGAAUGCCACAACCUGAGCAAAGACAUCCUCAGUGGAAUCCUUCCACCAGUCAGAGAAGCAAUACAAUGGUGCCCAUCGAACGUCCCUAUCCCAUGGUGCCGGUGUGGUCUGGCGAGCAUCCCUUUAACCGGCCUGGAAUGGCUCCUCCAGAACUUGGGGAACCUUUCGCCAAAAGGGUAAAGCACCCCAAUAUCCCAGCCUCUGUCUCUUCUGCUUACUUGAAUGCAGAGAUGGCCAAAAGACUGCAACCCGGCCAAGUCAGUGUUAUGAGUGGGGAAAUUCCACCCGGCAAGGCGGUAAACCCUCCAUUACCCAACAAAGUGUCUCAUCCGUAUGAGUUAGAUGCCCGCUGGAACAUCCUGAAGUCCUAUGAACAACCUACAGCUGCUGGACCAUCAUACAGAAACCCCAACAUGCCUCUUGGUCAGGGAUCUACUUCUGCAAUGGAAGUGAAAAAUACUCCGUUGUAUCAACGGAUAUCGAAACGAGUUUUUGGACCGAAUGAAAAGACCACUUAGAAGCAUCUUAAAGGGGCUGUGGAGGAUAUCGGAAGCAUUCUGUGAGUGCUCACCAAGCUGCUACCUUUCUUCUAUACUGGAACCUUCUUCCUACGCAAGCUGUGAUUGUACUAUCAAGCGACACUAAACUUUAUUUUUCUACCGUGUUUUUUUUUUUUUUUUUUCGUUGGAAGUUGCGCCAGAAGGCGUCCCUGCUGAAGUCGCAUCUCUGGGAAUGUACAAUUCAUAGAUAUCUAUAUUUUUUAUUUGUAUUGUUCUUGGAGCAAAGUCUUGUUGAAAGGAAAAAUUACCAAAUCUAAUGGGAGACUUAUUUCUGUAUACUUGAGCGCCCCCCGAUGGUUUGUGUACUGGGGCUGAAUUUUUUUUUUUUUUUUUAUGAAGUGGAUAUUCUACAACUUUUGGUUUCCCAUUUUGUUGACUUGAUUAACAAAUAAAUGGUUAAAAAAAAAUUAGGUUUUUCUCCAUGGCCACUGUUUUUGUGUGUGUGUAUAGAUACCUCAGGUAUUUAUAGAAAAACAGAUUUUUUUUUUCUUCCACGCCUUAAUCUCGCACUGUUACUAUGCUGUUCACUGUGCCCCCCUCCCCGUUUCAAAGUCUUGUUGCUGUAUUUUUGACCCUCAAGUGGGACCUGCACACCCAAUUCCCCCUUACGAACUUGGCCUGAUCUGAUCUACGCACUGAAAGGGCUGCUUUCCACAAUAAACUAAAACAAAAAAGCCCAGAAGAACAUUUGUGGAUGAACAUAUGAACAUUUCAGAGACUUGUCAGAAUUUAGGCUUCCUGUUUUGGUACCUCCAUGGAAAAUUGCAGCCAAGUGUUUAUGGUGGCCCUUCUUGAACUCAAAGAUGGCAGCUAAACCUAGACCAGGCUGAUGUGUGUUAACCAAACUUCUUCUGUUGGGGCAUGGGAGGGUAUUACAGAAUAUAUUAUUGGUAACCCUUUUUAUUUCAAAUCAAGUGCCUUCUUUUCUUCUGGGUUUGCUGAUCCUUCUAAGAUGGGUUGAUGGUUGUUUUUUGACCGCCAAGUAAACGGGGAAUUUCCUGUGUACUUUGAUGGGUUUUUUUCUUCCCCAUGAGCAAACUACUGUUGUCUUAAAGUGGACCUUCCAUGCCAUGGGGAGGGUCUGGUGUUUUGCAAGUGGCCUCCCAAUGAAUCAACUUGACCUCAACAUGCCUCUUGGAAGAGCUAGGAGUUUGUAGGCCUAAAAAGGCCCUUCAGCCUUCCAUGGAUCCUCCAUGCCAAAAACAGGGUAUGUGUGUGUUUAAAUCCUUCAUGACAAAAAAAAA